AUGGCAACGAACAUAUACAAUCUGCGAACGCGGGUGAAUGGCUCCUCGUCAGUCCGCACCACGCCCACGGCCUCUCCCACCACGCUGAAACCUGCGCCCCGCUCACCCCGGAAAGCUCACCACUCCCCUGUUGCGCUGCAACUCCAACAUGUCAUUGGAACUACGACCACAACUCCGACUGGGCUUACCUGCUGCCCUGCAACAAACCAGUAUGCUUACUGUGCUGGGGCAGUCGCUGUACUUGCCACCGUGCAAACCGACGGAACCACAUCGAAGAAAUACUACCGAGCACGACCGACCGCCCCUUCAUUGAAUGCUCCGACCUCCUACUACGACAAAGGUUCUCCCUCUACAACACCGUCAAGGCGCCGCACCUCGCUCUUCUCCCCGACCCGAGCACGAGACCCUGAUGCCACACCAGUGGCCGCACGAGAAUGGGAGGAUGGGGCUUCACAGACUUGGACCGCGCGCGAGAGAAUCAAAACUGUCACUUGCGUUGCGAUAAGCUCGACUGGCAGAUGGCUGGCUGUCGGCGAGUCCGGCUAUAAUCCUCGGGUACUACUUUACUCCACCACCGAAGAUGCUGCAACCGAUGUCCCCAUUUCUAUCGUCGCAGAACAUGCUAUUGGUAUCAAGAGCGUGGCUUUCAGCCCAGACUCGAAAUAUCUGGCUACUCUCGGGAACCUCAAUGAUGGUUUUCUAUACGUCUGGAGCAUCAACGCCCGCACCGGCCAAUUGACAUUAGUCGCGGCGAACAAAUGCACUACCAACAUCGGCGCAAUGACCUGGUGUGGUCAGACGCUCAUCACCGUUGGCACCAGACAUGUCAAAGCUUGGACAGUGUCCGAAGCCGCAAGGUCAUCGCCGUCUAAGAGGUUCAGCCUACAGGCGAGGGGUGCCGCAAUCUCCGGUUCUGGACCUGCCACACUUCACGGUCGCAAUGCAUUGUUAGGAUCGUUGGUGGACUGCACCUUCACAUCCGUCAUCUCCAUCGAUGAUCAGCGAACGGCCAUUGUGACGUCCGAUGCCGGCCAUCUCUGCAUGUUCCACACUGACGGUUCACCCGAAUUGCAGAUUCUCAAGGCGUUCGAAUCUGGUAUAUCUUCCAUUGCAUGGCAGCCUGCUAGGGGCAAGCUCAUCCUCGGCGGACGUCAGGGACUCACUUACGAAGACUACGAUGAUCUCCUGGCUGCGUUCCAUUCUGCUGUGGUAGUGAACGGCACGAGUCUGAAAACAAUGAAGAAGCGCCUGAGGUCGUCGGCGGUACGAAUGUCCAUGGGAUUGCUGAAUGGAGACCAUGUUGGCAUUUCUGCAGUCGGCUGCCUUUCGGAACAUACCAUCGCACUUGACACAGACGGCAACCUUCAAAUGGAGUCGACAAUAGAAGAAUCGUCUCGCCCGGAUAUUGCCUUCGCAAGUCACAACGACCUGAUCCAAGGUGUGCAAGGUCUGCCCACUGACUGCCAGCUGGGCGCCUUUUACACCUGGUCGCGACGAGGCGAACUGAAAUUUUGGGAUACCAGCGGCACCAUGCUCUGCAGCCGACAAAUGGACUUGGACCAAGCGGACCUCGAAGAGGAUAACAAUCCCAAUGAGCUCCGUGUUGCUCGCUUCCAUUCGGAGACGAAACAAGUUUUGUUGGGUGACAGGCUUGGGAUUCUGAAGUUGCUUGAUCUUUCCACUAGCCAAGCUGUCUGGACGGCGCGAGCCCACGGAGCUGAGGUGACGGAUAUCGCCAUACAUGAGAGGCAGUCAUUAGUAUCAACUUGCAGUCGAGAUCGAAUGGUGCAGGUGUUCGCCUUUGAUACUCGUGAGCUCGAGCUUCUACAGACGUUGGACGAUCAUAUCGGAGCCGUUACCCACCUGUUGUUUUCUGAAGAUGGUGGACGGUUGCUAUCGUCCUCGACUGACAGGACAAUUGUGGUUCGAGAACGGGUGCAACGUGAGGUAAACGGGAGGCAGAUGAUGGCCUUUCUCUCGAUGCGAAUAGUGACUCUGAGGAGCUCUCCUAUGUCGAUGACCUUUGCAGAUGAUGUUUCGGGAAUGCUGAUCGUCUCUACCAAUGAUCGACAUAUUGCGAAAGUUGACCCUUCUGCUGGGACCAUUAUCGAGAACAACAAGGUCACAGAUCCUGAAAAUGACGAUACGGUGGCUUUGUGCUCGAUCAGCAUCAGUCACAGGGGCACCGCCGUGGAAGAGGUCUCGAAUCUGCUGGUUGCAUGUUCUCCGACCGACAAAUCGGUGAGGAUUUAUGAUGCUGACAAGUGCUUGCUCCUCACAAGAGAGUCUGGCCAUACCGAGGGUAUCAGUGAUCUUUGUCUCAUCGAGGAUAGGGACGAAGAAAGUGGCGAGGUCAACCGAACCCUCGUCUCGACUGGCUUAGAUGGAACGAUUAUGAUUUGGACGAUCAGACCAACGCCACCUCCCACAGCGACACCGAUGCACGAGCUCUCUCAGAGUGUGCUGUUGGAUGGCUGGGAAUCCGAUUCUACGCCCUCGAAGCCCAGUCCUGCCACUCUUCCGCCACUGCGGAAGGUCCUCAGCAAAGUUGAGGUGCUCGAAUUCUCGCGGAGUGCUGGUCCCAGCACCCCAUCAUCACCACGGUCGCUGUCACCACCUAGGCUGACAAGGAAGAGGUCGCAGUUGGCGCUCUCAUCAACUAUCGACGAGAAGGACGAAGAAGAGCCGUUGCCAUCUAGGCGUACGAGUGAUGGCAAUGUAAUCGGCCGAGGUAGGGAACCUGUUGAAAGGUCAUCCUCUCCCGAACCGCCGACAACAUCCGCCAAGCCGAAGAAACAGAGGUCAAAAUCUGUUGUCGGCGCCUCAACAGAUGCGAAGCGAGCGCUGGCAAAUCGAUCGCCGUCACCGCCCCCAGGCUGGGGCUCUCCAAAUCCGAGUACGCCACGAAAUCGUGCUCUCGCAAACAACGGCCGGCUGCGGAGGCCACCCUCAGUUCCCACAGAUCUACGAGAGCGCGCUCUUGCUCAACGCAAGCAGAGCACAGGUCCUGUGAAUGAUUUCGGGAGCAUGGGUAUGGCUACAGAGCAGGCGACACGAAUGCUCAAAACGUACCGCCAGAAACUUACGGCCGCCAAGGAAGAUCUGGGCUUGGACGAGCUCGAGAGUGAGCUCGAGCGAUUGAUGAAGCUGGUCAAGGAGAAGAAAGCGACCAACGUGCCGGGUCCUUCGAGAACAUCGAGGGGUACGUUGAGGCGUAUGAAGUCGAAGCCAGUGGUUGCGGCAAGCGACCUGGAUGGUUUGGCGGUGUUGAUGGACCAGACGAACCUCGCGGAACGGUCGCCGAAAGGACUAAAGACAUGA